GAAUUAACGAACCAUGUUGUGAUCCGCAGUUCUAAUCACACAUUACUUAAUUAUUACUUUAUAAUACACGCACUUCAUCCCUCAGAUUCUAAAUUGAAGUAUUACACUUACUCAAUGCAACUAUCGAAAAGAUAACCUCUUUCUUGGGGUUUUGAAUUUCGGGGAAUCGUGCCAACGACCAGUGGAUUUGCUAAUUCGUAUUGUAAUCGGGCGACUAUGUUUGACCAAAGAAUCAUAGCAAUCUGUUUCCUCGUGUGCUUCGCAAUAGUAUUUAACUUUUCACUUCAUCGCAUUGAGGAAGGUCAUGUAGGAGUAUACUUUCGAGGUGGCGCACUGUUGCCCCAAGUGAGUAAUCCAGGAUUUCACAUGAUGAUACCAUUUCUGACCACAUAUCGUUCAGUUCAAAUAACACUACAAACGGAUGAAGUAAAGAAUGUACCAUGUGGAACCAGUGGUGGUGUUAUGAUUUACUUUGAUCGUAUAGAAGUUGUAAAUAUAUUGAAUGCAAACAGCGUUUACAACAUGGUGAAAAACUUCACAGCUGAUUAUGAUCGCACUUUAAUUUUUAAUAAGAUACAUCACGAGUUAAACCAAUUUUGUUCUGUACAUACACUACACGAAGUAUACAUUGAUUUAUUUGAUCAAAUUGAUGAGAAUCUGAAAACUGCACUUCAAAGAGAUUUAAAUGAAUUGGCGCCUGGUCUCAACAUACAAGCUGUAAGAGUAACAAAGCCAAAAAUUCCCGAAACAAUCAGGAAGAACUAUGAAUUAAUGGAAGGAGAAAAAACAAAGCUGUUAAUAUCCACACAACAUCAAAAAGUAGUGGAGAAAGAUGCUGAGACUGAUCGCAAGAAGGCUAUCAUUGAGGCUGAGAAAGAAGCGCAGGUUGCAAAAAUUCAGUAUAAUCAAAAGAUCAUGGAGAAAGAAUCCCUACAACAAAUGGCUGGGAUAGAGGACGAGAUGCAUUUAGCAAGACAAAAGAGCCGUUCAGAUGCCGAAUUUUAUCAGAUGAAAAUGCAAGCUGAAGCGAACACCCUGCUUUUGUCCAAGGAAUUUUUGGAACUUAAAAAAUAUGAGGCAUUAGCACACAAUACCAAGAUAUAUUACGGGCAAGACAUUCCAAGAGUAUUUAUGUAUGACAAUUGCUUGAACGAUGGCAAUUGCAAGUCCAGUAGCAUUGAACCAAAGAAAGGAUGAGCAAGUGGAUAAUGCUACAAUUUGUACCUUAUGUACCUACAUUUUUCAAAGUUUUAAUUCUAUUAUCAUAAAAGUAGUUAUUUACAAUUUGUACCUUAUUUUUAUGAUUAUUAUUUUUCAAAGUUUUAAAGUAUUUAUGAAUGAUAAUCAUAAAAAUAAGGUACAAAUUGUAAAUAAAUACUUUUAUGAUAAUAGAAUUAAAACUUUGAAAAAUUUACAACUUCUAAUGUUGUGCUCAGGCACAUUUUUUUCUAUGUAAAAUAUAAACUAUACACACGAUUUUAGAAUUUCGCGGAAUGUUACUUAUUAAUUUAAAUUAACUGCGUGUGAUUAAAAUUUUGUAUGAAUAUAUUUGUUAAAUCUAUUUAGAAAAAAUAUGAAUUAAUUAACAUAAUGACUGUAAAAACAAAUAUCUAGAUACUUGAAAUAAAGUUUCGAUAUAAUUAAA